AGUGCCCAAAUUCCACCCAGUGCCUAAUUCCAACCACUUUCAAUUUCUCAUCCGUUGAUAACGCUACCUAGCGGGUGUUUGUGAAAUUAUGUUGCUAAAGUGAUUAAAUGAUGACGUACAAAACGCCAGCACCUGAAAGCCAAAUGGAAAAAAAUCAUCGCUGAAAAACCACAUUUCAAAAUUGCCGGUUGCAAGGAAGCUCGGAGAAAAAUACCGAUGGAAUUUUUUUAACGAAGUUUUUCGUCAAGUUUGAUGAAUAUAUCUUGAAAGUAGAUAGUUUUCAACAUAUGUGCGGUAUUCAUUUGUGUGAACCACUCACGGAAGGCCCAUUAAUUUCACAAUUUUCAAAUCUCUGUGGGGGUCCUAAUUCCAACCACCAGCAAGUACAACAUGAUAAUUCAUUUUCAAAAAUUUUUAAUACCCAGUAAAUUAGUGGUAGGUAGGAGAAAAGAGCUGCCGUCAUCAUUGUUGAGUGAAAUUAAGGCCUCUGAGGGGAAAAACGAUGUCAGAUACACCUCUUUUUACAUAAUGAAUUUUUGAGUCUUUAAAUUCAGGUAUGAUGGAGAAUCUUGAAAUUUUGUUUUUUACUGCCCUCAAAUUUGCAAAUCUCGGCAUGUGACACUUUAAUAAUAAAUGAAGAUUUAAUUACUUUUGUAUUUUAAUCAAUAAACUUUGUAUUUUUUGCAAUUUACGCAACUUUUUUUCAUAGUAAGAGUAGGUGGUUGGAAUUAGGGACCCAAACAUGAAAAUUUGCGAUUUGACACUUUUCACUAAAGUUCAUUUUUUUUUCUCUGGGGAUGGUUUUUCCACAAGGUGACAAUGCCAAAUGAAUUUUGAAUAGUUACUUUAUCAAAUGGUUACACAACUUUUAAAAAAAAUUCAAAUUGAGAUAUCCGAAAAUGCAUUUAAAAAAAAGUGGUUGGAAUUAGGGCACUUUACCUUAUUUCACGGAGUUGGGAAUCGAAACAGUGUACAUUUCACCUCAUUAUCCUUCUCCAAUGGAAGAUGGGGGCUACGAUAUUUCCAAUUACACCGCAAUUAAUCCAAUGCUAGGAACAAUGGAGGAUUUCGAAGAGCUUGUAGAUGAAAUAAAAGUCAGAGGUUUGAAGUUGAUUGUGGAUACCGUAAUUAAUCACAGCAGCGAUCAACAUCCUUGGUUCAUUAAAUCAAUCAAUAGGGAGGAUCCUUAUACUGAUUUCUAUGUUUGGCGCGAUCCUAAGUCUUACGAUUGCAAUGGAAAACCUAUACCACCCAAUAACUGGAUGAGCCUCUUUAAAGGAAGUGCUUGGGAAUGGAACGAACAAAGAAAACAGUUUUAUCUACAUCAAUUCACCCACUAUCAGCCGGAUUUCAAUUUAAGGAAUAAUCUGAUGAGAAACGAGAUCAAGAAAAUUUUCAAAUUUUGGCUCGACAAAGGAGUGGCUGGUUUCAGAAUGGACGCAACCAAACAUCUUAUAGAAGACGCUGAAUUUAGAGACGAGCCUGUCAAACCUGGUGUAACUGUGCCUGUUUAUUUUAACGAUUUCACGCAUAUUUACACGCUUGAUUUAUGGGAAACGUACGUGUUUUUACACGAGAUUCGACUAUUUUGUGACAGAGUUACAAAAAAAUUCACCGAUUAUGAAAGAGUUCUUCUUCCUGAAGCUUACGGAGGUGGUAAAAUGCUGUAUCAGUAUUAUGGCUCGAAAGAUUACAAAAUAGCUCAUUUUCCAUUAAAUUUUGCUUUCGUUUUGGUUGCUGAUUUCAAAAAUGCCUCAUUUUUUCAUAAUUUAAUCAAUAAUUACCUCAGUCCGAUACCUGAAGGAGGAACUCCUGCUUGGAAUUCAGAAAAUCACGAUAAAUUCAGAAAAGCCAUGGUGUAUAAUCCGGAAUACGAGUACAUAUUUACCACAAUGGUGAUGUUACUGCCCGGGGUGGCUUACACUUAUUAUGGACAAGAAAUUGGUAUGAUUGGAAUGAGAAUUCGCGAUGAUCAAAAAAAGGAUUCACAUCCGGAUGAUUUCACUAAAAAAACGAGAGACAGUGCUAGACUACCAAUGCAAUGGGACGACUCUUUCAAUGCAGGAUUUUCCUCCAAUCCCAACACUUAUUUACCAGUCAGCUCCGAAUAUUGGGAAAUCAACGUAAAGAAACAAAAAUGCGAUAAAAAUAGUCACUACAAUAUAUUCAAAAAAAUGCUCAAAUUGAGGAAAACGGAUGUGUUUAAACAUGGAGAUUUCAAGUCGUAUGUCAUUUCAACUUGGGUAUUCGCAUUCACAAGAACUAUGAAAGGACAAGAAACCUUCGUUGUAGUUGUAAACCUAGGUAGUGAAACAGAAAUAGUCAAUUUGAGCAGCGUUAUUCACAAUCUUCCAGAAGUGAUGAACGUUGAACUGUCCAGUCCCAAUUCUGGAUACAGCUUUGGUGACGAAAUUGCAACUUCAGCAACGGUUUCAAAUACAUUCAUCUUGAGAUCCUUCGGCGUUGUGGUGCUCAGUUCGAAGACCACAACGACUACAAGAAAAUGAUUUUUCAUCCCGACUAAAUAUCAUUGGAGUGAGAUGAAUCAGUAAGGAUGAUCAACAAUACAGGGAAAUUUCAAAUGCUUUAUUCUGUAUAAAAUACUACACAUUAUAAUAUUUUGCAACUAGUAUGGUAUCAAAUUAUUCAUUAUAAAUAAGAAGGUUUCCUAACUCGAGACUUUAUCGACAUAUUAUAACCAUUCACCGAAUCGAUCACAAAAGACAUGUUCAAUUUUAUAUCGUCCAUUGUGG